CGGUCUUCAGCUCGGGUGGAGAGAGAGCGCGAGGAUGCUGAGAGAGACGCCCGCCAGAGAACGAACAGGUCGCACGGAUGUAAGAGACGGAGAUGCUUCAAACUCACCACGGGAUGGCUUUCUUUUUCAAAGCCGCAACCAAAUGAGCCGUGAGAGGAAUUGUGCGGAGAAGAAAAAGACGCGAACGGGAAUUAAAUAAGAACACAAGGUAAGAAGAAAACAGAGUGGAAGCUGCAAUUAACUUGUAGUGAAAUUUCUCGCGGAGACUGACUGGAAAAGCAGAAUAUUUCUAAAUCAAUAUGCAUAACUUAAGCUAUGCGAGCGAAGUGGACACUUACACAGACACUGAUUUUACACCCUCUGGGAAUUCUACAAAUUCUACUAGCUAUUCUCCGGCCACCAUUAUUGGGCUCGCGGGGCUGGUGAGCUUCCUCAUCUUGUUUACAAUAGUGGGGAAUGUGCUGGUCGUUAUCGCCGUUUUAACGAGCAGAGCACUCAAGCCACCACAAAACCUUUUUCUCGUGUCUCUGGCCAGCGCGGACAUUCUGGUGGCCACACUUAUUAUCCCCUUCUCCCUGGCCAAUGAAUUAAUGGGCUACUGGUUUUUUGGGGAAGUUUGGUGUAAUAUCUAUCUAGCACUAGAUGUUCUUUUCUGCACGUCUUCUAUUGUUCACCUGUGUGCCAUAAGUCUGGACAGGUACUGGUCUGUGACACAGGCGGUCGAGUAUAACUUAAAAAGGACGCCUCGCAGGGUUAAGGGGAUGAUUGUGGUGGUCUGGUUGAUUUCGGCUGUGAUCUCCUUUCCACCGCUCAUCUCCAUGGACCGGAAUACAGUUGAUGAGAGGAGACCAAUGUGCCAGCUGAAUGACCACACAUGGUACAUCUUGUACUCCAGCAUUGGGUCAUUCUUUGCCCCAUGUGUCAUUAUGAUCCUCGUUUACAUCCGAAUCUAUCAGGUGGCUAAAACAAGAACCCGAACUAUGUCUGAAAAGCGGCGGGAUCCUGAUGGCGGAUCAGGAACGCCACGCUUGGAGAACGGCUUAAGCCGUGAGGAUUCUAGACGGGAAAAUGGCCACUGUUCCUCAUCACCAGGCGAACGCAAACCAGCCGAGGAUAACCCAGACGCUGACCUCGAGGACAGCAGCUCGUCCGACGAGAAGGCCAAGCGGUCGCAAAACGAAAUGGCCCCAUCCAAAAAAGACCGCAGAUCCAGCCGCAAGAACAGCUCCAGCUCCAAGCACUCCAGCCGAAAGUCCAGAGCCAGCAGCAAAUCCCUGGACCUGUUUUCAUCUCGCAGAAAGAGGAGAAACACCAUUUCCAGGAAAAAAAUAUCCCAGGCACGCGAGAAGCGCUUCACCUUUGUGCUGGCCGUGGUCAUGGGUGUUUUUGUAGUAUGCUGGUUUCCCUUCUUCUUCAGCUACAGCCUGUAUGGAAUCUGCCGGGAGCCUUGCGCCAUCCCCGACCCCCUUUUCAAGUUUUUCUUCUGGAUCGGUUACUGCAACAGCUCCCUCAACCCUGUCAUCUACACCAUCUUCAACCAGGACUUCCGGCGAGCUUUUCAAAAGAUCCUGUGCAAGUCCUGGAAAAGAUCUUUCUAGAGGCACCAAUUUGCAGCGUCCAGUGCAAUUUUUACAGGUGGUUGACAAGGAAGAGACGUUCCGUUUUCAACAAUACCACUGCCUCUAUCUUUGCAUUGACAAUCUGUACACAACAAAGACAUUGAUAUUUUUUCCUACUUCGUUGUGUAAUGCUCUUCAUGAGUCUGUGAGGACAACAGAUGUUGGUGGUACAAAAGAUGCUUGGAAAAAAAAAAACCUCAGCACUGUACUGCAUUAGAGGAAACAGGCUUAUCUUUAUUAUGGCUGCAGGCACUCUGAAGAUAUCAAGAGAUAUUUUUAUGAUGAGUUUGCACAUAUGGCUUCUGUCAUUGUGACUAGAGAGCUAUGUAACAUGAAAGGUUGUCUCCUUUUUAUGGUGACCCAAAAAAAAAAAAAGAAGUGACUUAUCAGAAAGCAUGCUGUUCCUUUCUAGCUGAGAGAGACAAAACGGACACUGCUGGAUAGAGAGUAUGAGAAGGUUGUCACUGAAUGACAGAUGGAGCAUAGUUUUGCCCUGGUGUGUUUGGGUAUUGCAGGAGGGUGCAAAGUCCUGAACGGAGCUCUGAUACAAACUGUUCCUAACUGUCCUUCAAUGAAACGAACCAAUGCACUGCUGCUCUCUAACAUGCCAUAAAAGAGGUAUUUACAGGACUAGACUUAAGAGAAUGUGUACAUGGUUUUUCAAUGAUGACAUUGAGACCGUUAUUUAUCUACAGGAUUUAUUUAUCAGAUUAUAAACUAUUUAAGCUUUGUGGCUGUGCUUGUACAGUGUCUCCCAUUUGUUCAAAAUAUCAUAGUGAUAUAAUGCAAAGUAUGACAUACGAGGCUGUUGUAAAUUUAUUAGAGCAAAACAACUUUUUUCGUUGUUGUUUUUGCAUAUUAUGAAACAUCUGUGUUUAUGGAUGUUGGGCUUCUCUCCUUUUCUAUUCCAUAUACUUGUGAUAUCUCUCAAAAUGACUGACAGGUCACUACAAGCACAGCUGAUGAUCAAACAAAACCGAACAAAUAAAUGGAUUGUACUUCUCUUGAAUUCACUUUUAACUGUGACUUCAUUUUGUCUUUAUGUCUCUGAAGUGGGUUUGGGUCAUCAUUUGAAAUGGCUGUGAUUAAACGUU